AUGCUCCAGAAGCUCACAUCCUUCUGCACCGCAUUAAUCUACCUAAUCGCCCUAUUCUACUCGAUCCAAGACCUCGACGCCGUCUUCCGCACAGACUUCACGCUCUUCCCAACCGCCGAGAUCUACAAACAAGCCACAUUCUCCGACGAGGCCGCCAUCGGCCUAAUAGCCGUGCUCUUCCUCGCCACAUUCCCAACCCUCAUCGGCAUCUUCGUCACAGGCGGACGCAUGUGGUGGAGUCUGGCCCAGGACAACGCGACCCCAUUCUCGAACUAUUUCAGCCACGUCCACCCCCGGCUGAACUGUCCCGUCCGCGCAACCCUCGCCAUGGGCUCCAUCGUCAGCUGUCUGGGCUGUAUCUACAUGGGCAGCAGCACGGCAUUCCAGGCCCUGAUAUCCUCGUAUAUCGUGCUGAGUAGUUUAUCCUAUCUCGGGGCUAUUCUUCCUCAUAUGUUAACUCGCCGGGAGGGGAUUGUGUUGGGUCCGUUUUAUCUAGGGAAGAGGGUGGGCUUUGUGGUUAAUGUCGUGUCGGUGGGGUAUAUUCUGGUCACGGUGGUGUUUUUCUGUUUCCCGCUUGUGCGGCCGGUUACGGUGCAGAAUAUGAACUAUACCAGUGUGAUUACGGUGGGGGUUGUUGGUUUGACAGCUGUUUGGUGGGUUUGGAGAGGGAGGCGUGAUUAUAAGGGGCCGGGGUAUAGUUUUGAAGAGGCGCGGAGGUUGACGAUGGGGCGGACGCAGAGUGGGAAAGAGGAAGGGGGCUAG